CGUGGAUUCCAAAAAUAAAAUUCUCUGGGGAUUGAGAAGAAAGAAAAAAGAAAAUGCCAGCUGAUAUAAUGGAGAAAAAUUCCUCCUCCCCGGUGGCUGCUACCCCAGCCAGUGUCAACACGACACCGGACAAACCAAAGACGGCCUCUGAACACAGAAAGUCUUCAAAGCCUAUCAUGGAGAAGAGACGAAGAGCAAGAAUAAAUGAAAGUCUGAGCCAGCUGAAAACACUGAUUUUGGAUGCACUUAAGAAAGAUAGCUCCCGGCAUUCUAAGCUGGAGAAGGCAGACAUUCUGGAAAUGACAGUCAAGCACCUCCGUAACCUGCAGCGGGCGCAGAUGACCGCCGCGCUGAGCACAGACCCCAGCGUUUUGGGGAAGUACCGCGCCGGCUUCAGCGAGUGCAUGAACGAGGUGACCCGCUUCCUGUCCACGUGUGAGGGCGUUAACACCGAGGUGCGCACUCGGCUGCUGGGCCACCUGGCCAACUGCAUGACCCAGAUCAACGCCAUGACCUACCCCGGGCAGCCGCACCCCGCCUUGCAGGCGCCGCCGCCGCCCCCGUCAGGCCCCGCCGGCCCCCAGCACGCGCCGUUCGCGCCGCCGCCGCCGCUUGUGCCCAUCCCCGGGGGCGCGGCGCCCCCUCCCGGCAGCGCACCCUGCAAGUUGGGCAGCCAGGCUGGAGAGGCUGCUAAGGUUUUUGGCGGCUUCCAGGUGGUGCCGGCUCCUGACGGCCAAUUUGCCUUCCUCAUCCCCAAUGGGGCCUUCGCCCACAAUGGCCCGGUCAUCCCGGUCUACACCAGCAACAGCGGGACCUCAGUCGGUCCUAACGCAGUGUCUCCUUCCAGCGGCUCCUCGCUCACUGCGGACUCCAUGUGGAGGCCGUGGCGGAACUGAGGGGCUAAGGCCACUGCUCACCCUAAACUAGCCCAUCUCUCCUGA